GAGAGAGAGAAAGGGAAAAAGCGAAGGAAGGAGGGAGCAGCCGAGCGGCGAAAGCACCUGCUCGCCGGCCUGCAGGAAGGGGCGGGGAAACUACAACUCCCAGGCGCCUUUGCGCCACCCACCAGCAGCCGGCUUCGGCAUCCUUGCCACUCUUCCUUUUCCUCCAUUUGUGAUUUACUUUUAUUUUAUUAUUAUUCUUUUGCAUGCUUUAAACUAAAAAAUUAAAUUUAAAAAAGAUGCAUCGCUUGGUCUCCCUUUAAGGCCCAGUUUGCAAAGUGCAUUGAUUCGUUUCCUUGCGUUAUUUUUGCAGCGCCUUCUUCUCGCUUUCUGUGCAUUCCUCUCUGCCGGGCGUCGACAUGGCGUCGGGCUCCGAUGGCGGCGAAGAGGCGGCGGAGUCUCCGGAUUCCCCGGCCGGGAAAGGUCAGUGGGAGACGCCGAGGGGAAACCCCCGCCGCCAGGGGGCGCUGCUGCUGCGCGGCGUGCAGGCGGCUGGCAGUGGAGGGCGUCGGUAGGGGGCGGUGUGGGGCAAAGGCAGAAGCCAUGGGGAGGAAGAAUGCGGGGCGCAAAGUGGGUAUUGUUUCUUUGGGGGGGGGAUAAUCUGACAGCCACCCCAAGCGGGGCCAGAUUAAGGCAUGCUGCAGGACCAGUGCCAUAUAAGCUAAACAAACUACAGUGGUACCUCGGGUUAAGUACUUAAUUCGUUCUGGAGGUCCGUACUUAACCUGAAACUGUUCUUAACCUGAAGCACCACUUUAGCUAAUGGGGCCUCCUGCUGCCGCCGUGCCACCGGAGCACGAUUUCUGUUCUCAUCCUGAAGCAAAGUUCUUAACCUGAAGCACUAUUUCUGGGUUAGCAGAGUCUGUAACCUGAAGCGUAUGUAACCCGAGGUACCACUGUAUAUCUUAGGGCCCCACUCUCUUGGGGAACCCCGAAAAAUUUAAAGGAAAAAACAACAACUGGAUGUACAUUUCCAAAAUAUAAGAUAAAAAACAAAUAAAACAAAACCUACAUACAGCAACAGUGUUUUGUGGCUUUAGAUACCUAUGAGGUCCAUAAAUGACCAUAUAGCAUAUAUUCAACACAAAAAAACAGCGACAAUUUGUUGCUGACAAAGGACAGCUGGACAUACAAAGGGCCCCAUUACCUUCAGCGGCUGAGGGCCUCAUCAAACCUAAAUUCAGCCCUGUGCAGGACCCUAACCUAACCUAUGUCACAUUCAUUAGGACCCCAUAGUUAUGGCUCUGUGCAAUUGUUGAGAAAUAUAAACUAGAGCCCCAGAGCAUUGCCAGGAAAAAGUGCAUAGAAUGUAAAGAGUCCUACUUGAGGCUCCGUGGGGAGGAGGAGUAGCAUAGGGAUUACCUUGUUGUAACCCGCCCUGGGAACUUCAGGUGAAAGGCAGGCAAUAAAUUGAACAAAAUAUAGAAUUAAAAGAUGCUUAAAACUAAUUACGGUACUGGCACAAGAAUGGGGAGGAGGAGAUCCUAAAAUUUCUGUUCUGUGUCAAAGGCCAGGGUAAAGAGCAGUCGGCUAAUUUCUACUCAAUGGGGGUAUAAAUAUAAUAAUGCAGAUUUUGACCAGCCCGCCGUUGUUUAGAAAAUUAAUGAAUUAAAAAUCAGGGCUUAGGGCGGCCAUUAAGAGGAUGGCUCUGAGUGCCUUUGCUUGGCAAGCGAUGACUUCCCCCUCUUUCCCAAAACCUCGGGGGUGAGAAAUUUUUUUCAAGUCAAGGGAGUAGGUAAGACUUGAGCCUGCGUUUAUUUUCUGUCUCCUACUUUAGAAAAGCAUUUCAAAAAUUAAGCGUUCCAAACAGGAUGGGGCCGAUGCAGAAUUGUGUCGGGGAAUGUGUAGGGUGGGGAAAUCAAAUUUUUAUAUUUAUGUACAUAUAUAUAUAUAUAGGCUGCAUCAGAAUUAAUUCGUUCCUGCUCCCUUGCACAGAUUCCGCCUCAGGCUCCAUUGAGGUGGAGCAGAAGUUCCUUUUCGGGCCUGACGCCGUGCAGAAGCUGAAGGGGCUGGGGGCGAUGCCGGAAGCCAGCGUCUCCUUCCGCGACCGGUACUACGACGUUCCCGAUUGGCACCUCACGCUAGCAGAUCAUUGGCUCCGGCAGCGCGAAGGGGCUGGCUGGGAGCUGAAAUCCCCCCUGCGGCCACUAGAGGGUGCUGCCACUAGCCGGGGGCAGCAGAACCUUCCGGAACCGCCAGCUGGAGCCCGGAGCCACGAGCCGCAGCACCCGCCUCAGCCACUAGAGGGCAGGACGCACCUGGCCACGCAAUACCAGGAAGUGACCUGCCCCCGAGACAUUGUGGCCCGCGUCUGUGGCCUGCUGGGCGUGGACCCGGCCGCGGGUUGGCAGAGCGACGUGGCCAGAGCAGUGGAGGAGCUGGGCCUGCAGGAGUUUGCCAGCUUCGUCACCCAGCGGUGCAAAUACCGCCUAGCCAGCCUCCGCCUGACGGUGGAUCUCGAUGAGAUGGACUUUGGCUAUGCCGUGGGAGAGGUGGAGGCAAUGGUUUUGCAGGAGCAAGAAGUUCCAGAGGCUCUGGAGAGGAUACAGGAGCUGGGAAUUCGGCUGGGUGAGGAGUUUGGCUAUUUUGACCCAGGAAGUGCCCUCUUAGUGGGGAUCAAGCCAAAGGGGGCCCGUCUAGCCCAGCUUCCUGUUCUCAGUGGCCCAUCAAAUGCCACCCAUUGAUGCCCGCAGAUAGGGCAACAUCAGUGCCCUCCCCACUCACAAUUCCCAGCAGAGCCAUUGUGGCUCCACGAAUUUGUCCGAUCCUCUUCCAAAAGCACCUAAGGGUCUCGCAAAUACCGUAUUUUUUGCUCUAUAAGACUCACUUUUUCCCUCCUAAAAAGUAAGGGGAAGUGUGUGUGUGUCUUAUGGAGCGAAUGCAGGCUGCGCAGCUAUCCCAGAAGCCAGAACAGCAAGAGGGAUUGCUGCUUUCACUGUGCAGCGAUCCCUCUUGCUGUUCUGGCUUCUGAGAUUCAGAAUAUUUUUUUUCUUGUUUUCCUCCUCCAAAAACUAGGUGGGUCUUGUGGUCUGGUGCGUCUUAUAGAGCGAAAAAUACGUUAGUUUAGUGGCAGAUUCAGAAAUGCAGGGUCCCCUCUGUGAAAGUCACAGCUUCUAAGAUCAGACCAUAAUCUUGUAAUUAUAAUCGGGGGGUGCAUCGCAACAAUGGGUGCAGAUCUCCGCAUGUUGCCUUCUAAACUAGAUCUACUGUUUUCUGGGCCUGGGUGGAUGGUUUGGAGUGCUCCGGAACUUUUUUCCAGGGUGGCUCGAGUGGUGUUUUUCGUGAGGUUCCCUUGUACGUAACAGAAUCAGCCUGGAUAGCUUGGUCGGUUGGAGCGUGGUGUUGAGAACGCCAAGGUUUCAGGUUCAAUCCCCGUAUGGGACAGCUGCAAAUUCGGGUUGGACUAGAUGAUCCUUAGGGUCUCUUCCAAGUCUGUGAUUCUAUAAACUUGCACACAGGAUACAGAACAGCUCCGUGUGCGCCUUCUGCAGAGUGACCCUAGGCACCUAUCCUCGGGGGCUAAAAAACUCUGUUUUCAUGCUUCUUGCGUGGCUGUAGGACACUGGAGAUGGGGCUCCUCACUUUGGGGGGGCCUGAUUAACAAGUCUUUUCUCCCUCUUCUUAAGCACCCCUCAAAGUAUUUUUUUAAAGUACAAAAUACAAACGAGAACUGCUUGAUGCUUAGUUCUGGGUCUCACCCUGUUGCCAAACUAACGUUCUCCUCUCUUUCUGGUCUCCAUGGCAGGCCUGGAUAUGAAAUCCCCGAUUCCUGGCAAGAUGUCUGUCUACCUGUGUAAAUUCCGACCUGCACACUAUGAGGCCCUCAUGAGAGCUGGGUUGCUGAGGAAAGUGAGAGCUGCAGCGGAUGAGGAGGGGAACUGACUGGGGCUGGAAAAACGGGGCUGGGGGCUACGCUUCGGGCAAGAGAGAAAGUCCGCUACCUGAACCGAGAGGACAAUUCGGACCACGUUCCUCCCACCCACCCCUCCUUUCUUCCCCCUCUGCCAAACCGUCCAACUCCAUUCAGCAUCUGGAAUGGCUUUCGACACCCCGCGGCAGUCGGGAGCCUUGCAUGACAUCACAGCAGGUCAGCCAAUAGCAGCCGGGCCUGGGCAGAGGGGCUCCCUGCUGCGAAACAGCCAGGAGUUUGCCCUGUUACACAAGAACGGAGAAUGCGUUGAGAAGAUAUUUAUUCACGCUGAAAGCUCAAAGGCCGUUCGAUGGAGAGCGGCAGGGGGCAGGUGUAGAGAUGGGGGUGAGGGGAGAGAGAAAGGAAGGAGGAGGGGGACGCAGUGUGGCCUCGCCCAAGCUGGAACACGCCCACAAACCCAGGGGCUACCAAUUCCAGCAGCCCCAUCUGGAGGGUGCCACAUAUUGUGGAUCUGCGGAACUCGCCGCCCUUGCAUAGUGUAACAGCGCCCGACAGAAUGCUAAGACAGGGCUUCCCCGGAGUGGUUCUUGCACUACUCUCAGUGUGCAUCAACUGCAGCGUCGCUUUCGCUGGGGCCAGCCAGCGUCUGGAAGGGAGGUUUGUUGGACCUACCAGCAGCACGGCCAGAGGUGGAAAAACCAAAUCCGGCAAUGGAGAGGGAUAGCUGGUGUUUGUGUUUGUUUUUGUUAAAGAGGGCUUUCCCCCUCCACCCCCCAACCCACUCUUUAUCUCCAUCGAUUUCCAUUUAGUCUCCCUCAGUUGUUGUGGAGUUUCCCUCAUCUGGCUGAUCAAUUGAAUUGAUCUGCCAGCAGCUGGGAGUGAGGAGGGAGAAAGUGGGCUGGCUGAGACGGGGAUUCCCCUUCUCCCGCCCGCCUCCCUCUUUCGGAAAUCCCUCUUUGGAUCCGGCGAGAGAGGCGCCCUCUGCCCUUCCGCCUGUGCAAAAGGGGAGCACCCAUGGGGGGUGUUAUUUGGGGCACCCAGCUGGAGCAAAGGCGCCACCUGGUGGUGAGAUGGUGUCAUUGCAAGGGUUUUUUUCCCACCCCUUCCCUUCCCUCGGAGUGGAGUGCAUUUUAGGGGGACCUGUGAGGAGGGAGGGGUACAGUGGGCCGCUCGCUCUUCAUUUCCAGGCAGCCUCGGGGAAUGAGUUGAUUUCCUUGAUCUGUUGCACCAGCGCUCCAGAGGGCAGAGUGUAGGCAAGUCGUAACCUCAUGCGGAGCGGGAGCUGGAAUCAGAAAGGGAUAAGACUUACUUGACGCUGGGUGUAUAAUCUCUGCUUGCAAACAUUAAAAGCUGCAUUCUGCAAAACAGAAAGCUCUGGAUUCGAUGCUGUGGAAACCCCAGCGUUCAUUCCUUUUCUACGAGACCUAAGACGCUAGUCCUUAGUGUAGCUGGAAGAGCGAGGGCGACGUGUGUUGUGUUAAAUGGGGAAAGAGAGUGAAUUCGGGCGGCUGAGACUGCUGGAGAAUACCCUCCUUGAAGGAACAGGAAGUGACAUCACCCUGGUGCCUGUUAAGCUAACCAAGGUGAAGUCAACCAGCGAGGGCAGAGGAGGAAGUGACAUCACCGCUGUCUUUGUGAUGUGGGAGCGUGACGGUGCCACUUCCUGUUUUCAGCGGGAAACAUCCUUCUGAUGCUGCCGACAGAAGUGGCCCGCAGGAAGCUUAAGCAAUAGAGUCUUCAUGUCGCUUUACAGGAGUAGGGGAAGUGAUGUCACCACCUCGCUUUAAGUGAUGGCCAGGCAGGAAAUGACAUCGCUGCUCAGAUCACAGGUUAAUUCCCACUCCCUGGCCGCACGUAUAUCCCUCCUCUCACUCUGCUUACCUUUUUGGGGUUCAAUACUCGGAUGAGCUGGGUGAUGGGGGGCCCACCCUGGCCUGGGACUGUAGAGCCACUCGGUGCCAGCAGCUCCACUUGGAAGGACUGUCAGAAGAGGAGCAGGCGAAAGUCCAAACAAUGUGUAUCAUUUU